AUGUCCCAACCAGUGUACCAUUACCUCGACAUCGGCCGCCUCGGUCGAGGGGAAGUUGUUCGUCUCUUUUUGAGGGACGCAGGAAUCGAUUUCAAGGAUGUUCGUUACGCAUAUGACGACACCUGGCCGGCGACCAGCAAAGAUCUAAUGGAAAAAGGAAUUUCCCUAACAGGAAAGUUGCCGGCAAUUGAGUACAAGGGUAAAAUCUUGUCCCAGAGCUUUCACCAGCAUAUCCCCAUUCUCCGCUUCUUCGCCCGCGAACUUGGUGAUUAUGAGGGAGGUUCCAAUUAUGAGAAAUACGUCGUCGACGCUGUGUCGGACUUGUACAUUGACUGGCGAUCUCAGUGGGUUGCCUGCUUGAGCGGGGUGACCGAAGAAUACAAGAAAAAAAUCACAGUGGAUUAUUACCAUCUUAUAUCACGGUACUACGCUGAACGCGGUGGACCAUAUCUCCUUGGAGACAAGAUCACCUACGUCGACUUUGCAGUUUAUCAAUCUAUCGACAAUGAUGAGAGAAUUGGAACUCUUCCGCCGUUGCCGGAAAAUCUGGUGAAAUUCCGAAAAAUAUUUGAAGAAAGGCCCCGUAUUGCUGAAUACAUUGCUAGCGGUCGUGAGUCCCAAGCUUAG